AUGACUGGUGCAAGCCACGAGACGCAUGAAAGGGUAGAUAAAUCCCCAGAGAACUUUGUGGCGGGUCCGAGCUAUGAAACGCGUGAAAGGAUGGAGAAAUUCCCUGAGAACUUCAUGGCUGGCGUAAGCUUCGAAACGCGUGAAGGAAUGGGCAAAGGUCCCGAGAACACCACAUCUGGCGCAAGCUAUACAGCGCGCGACAGUAUCUCUGGGUCUGACCGCAUUGAACUAUAUACUGGGAACAGUCGUGACCCUUUACCUCUACCUAACCCAGCGGACGUCGCAUUCGCCGAAGAUAGAGAUAGAGUGUACCCUCCAACGGGCCAGGUUAUUCUCAUAAUGGCCUCUCUCCUGGUAUCUAUGUUUCUCGUCGCGCUGGACAGAAUGAUCAUCGCCACUGCCAUACCCAAGAUUACAGACGAAUUCCGCUCGCUCAGUGACGUCGGCUGGUAUGCCAGCUCCUUCAUGCUCGCAGGAUCUGCCCCCAUCCUUCUCUUUGGCAAGAUCUACACCUUCUACUCGCCCAAAUGGCUCUUGCUAGGCGCCAUGGGCCUGUUUGAAACCGGGAACCUAAUUUGUGGUGUUGCACUCAGCUCAAAGACAUUGAUCGUUGGACGUGCUAUUGCCGGGCUUGGAGCAGCUGGCAUCUUCACUGGGUGUGUCGUUGGCGUGCAGCACGUGCUCCCACUCCAGAAGCGUCCGAUGGCGAUGGGGCUUUUUGGGGGUGUUUUCGCUGUGGCAUCUAUUAUCGGACCAUUGCUUGGUGGCGCCUUGACCGACGGAAUCAGUUGGCGUUGGUGUUUCUAUGUGAAUCUUCCAAUUGGUGGCGUCGCCAUGGCUGUUUUGGCAGUUGUCCUGAAGUUGCCCGCACCCGCUGCGGCGGAAACAAGUUUGAAGAAGAAGUUAUGGCAGCUUGAUCCAGUGGGCACGAUCUGUUUCAUCCCUGGAAUUUCCUGUAUCCUACUUGCCCUGCAAUGGGGUGGAAAUCAGUACCCGUGGAAUGAUGGCAGGAUCAUCGCCCUCUUCGUCGUUGGUGUGCUCCUGAUUAUAGCAUUCGUUUGCGUUCAAAUCUGGCUCCAGGACGGCGCUACAGUACCUCCGCGAAUCAUCAAGAAGCGCUCCGUGGCCUCUGGGUUCUGCUUUUCUCUUUGCGUUGGCGCGAGCCUGAUUGUGUGCGUUCUCUACCUCGCCAUUUACUUUCAGUCUGUCAAGGGCGUCAGCGCCGUCCAAUCCGGCAUUGACACCAUCCCCCUCCUCUUCGCAACCUCAUUUGGGGCGAUAGUAGGAGGCGGUUCCGUGUCGCGCUUCGGAUACUAUGCUCCGUUCAUGCUUGCUGGUCCACCCAUCAUGGCAGCUGGUGCUGGACUACUUACCACCUUCCAUGUGAAUACCCCCCCUAGCCAGUGGAUCGGAUACCAGAUCAUAUUUGGUCUCGGCUGCGGGAUUUGCAUGCAGCAGCCCAGUGUAGCAGCGCAGAGAGUAUUAUCACGAAAGGAUAUCGCGAUCGGUUCGGCUCUAAUGAUGUUUGCACAGCAGCUGUCGGGUUCAGUCUUUGUCCCAAUUGCACAAAGCAUCUUUCAGAACCGGCUUGUACACACCUUGUCGGCUAUUCCAGGCGUGGACAUCAAAGCAAUCGUUGAUGUUGGAGCAACGGAUUUAAGGAGGAUCGUGCCACCAGCGCAGGUGGAUGGUGUUCUCAAGGCGUUUAAUGAUGCUCUAGUUGCCACUUUCUUUGUCGUCACGGUGGCAUCUGUCUUGGCUCUUUUACCCGCGCUGACUGUAGAGUGGCUGAGCGUAAAAGUGAAAAAGGACACCGCAGGUGGUGAGAAAAUACCAAUGGGAGAUAUGGGGGCAUAG